AAAUCAAAAGUUUAAACUCCUCAUGGAAAUCACUUUGCUCCGGAAUUUCAAGCGAUUAACACAGUGUUCUGUCGAGUGAAAAUCGUUUUGUUUUUUUGUGUUCCAAAUUCUUGUCAACAUGCCCGGAAAGAAGGAUUCAGCCAAGGGCGCUAAAAAGGGAGCUGCAGCUCCUGCUGGGGCGAAACCGACCGCAGAUCCUGCCACAGCUGGAUCCACUGCCACCGUGGAGCAACCAGCUGCGAAGGAUGCCAAGGGCGCCAAGAAGGGCAAAGGCAAGAAGAAGUAAAAUUCGUACCUGGAUUGUUAGAAAUCAAGCAGAUCGGACGGAGUAAAGUUCCCGCCAAGGGAAAAAUGAUAAAAUAAAACUAUUAAAACCACA